AAAAGAUGGAUGCAGUUGGGAGUAGAUGAGCGGCUAAAACCAAAUGAGCAUUGAUCACAACAACAACACGCCUUGUCUCCCCUGCCUAUUUCUCUCUUCGUCUUCUUCUUCCUCUUUCACCACAUCAUUGGCUUUCAAUUUUCAUCGCCCGCCGCCAGCGUUUUAUUUGGCAUUGCUGUUCGUUUUGGUAUCCCAAAAUUGUUUACUCGACUCGUUGCCCCUCUCCCCGACCCACGCUGACGGGUUCUCCAAUGUUGUCCUGUAGCUACCCAAUUCACAACGCCAACCCACCAAAUUCUUUUCCUCCUAGUUAACUCCUACGUUAUUUGUCCGCUGCUGAUAUCCCCAAAGAUUUCCCCCCCUUCAUUUAUACCAUUUUCCUCGCGUUCCACCCACAAGAAGCAAGAAGAGAGCCAGCGGAGGAGCUUUAGCUUAAGCACCAGUAAGUAGUAAACCCACCCCCCAAAAAUGGCGAGCAUCGCUUCUGGUUCUUGCUCUUCCGCCGUCGCGUUCCAGAGCAGGGAAAUCGGAGGGGCAUCUUCCUUGGCCCAAUUCAAUGGCCUCCGCGCCAUUGACUCUGUUCAAUUGGCCCCUUCUCUCACUAGCCCUCCUGCAUUCCUCUCUUCUUCAGCUCGCAAGUCGAGGGGGAGUGUGAGGGCAAUGGUGUCGCAGGCGGUUUCGGCCCCGAAAAGGGAGAAAGACCCGAAGAAGAGAGUGGUGAUAACGGGGAUGGGGUUGGUCUCUGUUUUCGGCAACGACGUCGACACAUUCUACAACAGGCUUCUUGAAGGGGAGAGUGGCAUCACCCUGAUUGACAGGUUCGAUGCCUCCGAUUUCUCCGUCAGAUUCGCCGGCCAGAUCCGCGAUUUCUCUUCCGCGGGAUACAUCGACGGCAAGAACGACCGCCGCCUCGACGAUUGCUGGCGGUACUGCCUCGUCGCCGGCAAGCGCGCACUCGAGGAUGCCAGCCUCGGUUCCCAAGUCCUCGAAACUAUGGACAGGACGAAGAUAGGGGUAUUGGUGGGAACAGGGAUGGGAGGACUAACGGCGUUUAGCGCCGGAGUGGAAUCCCUAAUCCAAAAGGGUCACAAGAAAAUCUCGCCGUUCUUCAUCCCUUACUCCAUCACCAACAUGGGCUCGGCCCUGCUAGCCAUCGACACGGGCCUCAUGGGCCCAAACUACUCCAUCUCCACGGCCUGCGCAACCGCCAACUACUGCUUCUACGCCGCCGCCAACCACAUCCGGAGAGGCGAGGCCGACAUCAUGGUCGCCGGAGGCACCGAGGCCGCCGUCAUGCCGACCGGCGUCGGCGGGUUCAUCGCUUGCCGGGCGCUGUCCCACAGGAACGACGAGCCACAUAGGGCUUCUAGGCCGUGGGACCAGGGCCGCGAUGGAUUUGUCAUGGGCGAGGGCGCUGGUGUUUUGGUGAUGGAGAGCUUGGAGCAUGCGUUGAAGAGGGGAGCCAACAUAAUUGCAGAGUACUUGGGUGGUGCUGUGACCUGUGAUGCUCAUCAUAUGACUGAUCCGAGGAAAGAUGGGCUUGGAGUUUCUUCUUGUAUUAGCAAGAGCUUGGAAGAUGCUGGAGUUUCCCCUGAAGAGGUGAACUAUGUGAAUGCUCAUGCAACGUCGACAUUGGCAGGGGAUUUGGCAGAGGUGAAUGCGAUCAAGAAGGUGUUUAAGGACACGUCCGAGAUUAAGAUGAAUGGAACUAAGUCGAUGAUCGGACAUGGGCUUGGAGCUGCCGGGGGCUUGGAAGCAAUUGCAACCAUCAAGGCAAUCACAACUGGAUGGGUGCACCCAACCAUCAACCAGGAAAACCUGGAGCCUGCUGUUACAAUCGACACAGUCCCAAAUGUGAAGAAACAACAUCAAGUGAAUGUUGGUAUCUCGAAUUCAUUUGGGUUUGGUGGGCACAAUUCUGUGGUGGUGUUUGCACCAUUCAAUCCCUAAUAAUUAUACAGACAAACAGGCAGAGAAGACUCUGUCAGGAGGAAACAGAGAUGACAGCACCAGCGCAUUUGGUUGUUUUUCUUCUUUUGACAUUUUUUUUUUACUCAAGGACCUUAUACAAUUUUUUUUUACGUGCCAUCAUUUUCGGUUAGCAUUGAAGAUUAAGAUUUAUGCCCCACUUGUUUCUCAGUUUUACCUUAGCCGAUAACCACAAGCAAUGUGGUUACUGCUUUCAAUGCAUUUGGAGCAAUAAAUCAAUAAAACUUUUGUGGCCAUGUGUUCUUCGAAUUUAACAAUCGGUAAUCUCAACGCG